UGGUUAACCAUGGAUCUGGAGCAUAAACGACAGGCAAUAGAGAACCUAUUCCUAACGUACUCGACAAAGCAGGCCGAGACGUUCAAACAGUACGAUACAAACAGGAAAAAGCGCUAUAAGAUAUUCCUGCAACGCUUGCGGUACCAGCUCAAGCGGAAUGGGGAAUCGCACCGAAAGGAUUGGAGCAGCAAGCUCGAAACCGAGCUAUUGGACAACAUACCGACGCGCAAAAUUUGGAAGCUGAGCCGCAACGAUAAGUGGUUCCGAGAGCUGUUCGAGCAGGAGGAUAACGACGAGGAGCUACUGGAACACUUCCGGAUGGAUCGGGAAAUGUACGAGGCGCUGGUCGACACACUCAAGCAGGAUCUCGCGCCGCACCCACUUCUGGCGGCGCAGUCCUGCAGCACGGAAAAGAAGGUCGGCAUCGGCCUGUACAAACUGACGACUGGGGCAGACUACACCACCAUAGGGAACCAGUUUGGGGUGCACAAGGCUACGGUGAAAAACUGCGUGCAUCAGUUUUGCAAAUCGAUGGUGAAAUACUACAUGGACUCUGAGAUUUUUCUCCCGGAUCAAGAGGAAAUACUUGAACUAAACAAGGCCUUUGAGGAAAAGUCCGACAUUCCGAUGAUCAUGGGAGCGAUGGGGAGGGCUCACAUACCCAUAACACCAUCGCUGGCUGAUUCCAAAAACUAUAUCAACUCGAAAAAAUGGCCUUCGUUGAUAUUGCAAGCCGUGGUGGACAACAACCAUGUAUUCCGGCACAUCACGUGUGGACAUGUCGGAGCAACUGAUGAUAGUGCCGUGCUCGGAGAUUCGGGAUUAUAUCAACAUUUCACCGGCUCGGAAUUGCCUUCGCAGAAUAUUAACGGAAAUAAUGUCAAAUCGUUCAUCGUGUCCGAAACUUCGUACCCUUUGCUGCCUUGGCUGGUGCACGGCUACGUAGCACCGCAGACGGCCGAAGAGGAAACGUUUAACCAACACCUGGGCAAAGCGAGAGUAGCGGUUGAUGAAGCAUUCGAGAGACUCCGUGCGCGGUUCCGGAUAUUACACAAGAAAAUAGACAUCGACAUCAACUUUGUGCCACAGAUACUGCUAACGUGCUGCAUUCUGCACAACAUCAUGGAAAAGAGGAAGGUUCCAUUCUUCGAAUCGUGGAAAGAUACGGCCAAGGAAUCUGAACAAAAGUUUCCGCAACCGGAUGGCUCAACUACUAAUAGCUACACUACGACGUUAGAGGGAGAAUUCACGAGGGAUGUGUUGAAAGAUUACUUUCACUCGAAGUAUGUUUAUAGAUCGAUCGAUUACAAUCAUCAGGUGUACUUUAUAAACGAAACUAAUAACUAGUCCUAGGACCAAACCGAAUUUUCCGUUGGCUCAAAUUGCAACUUCCGCUUUUGUUGAU